AUGGGAUUAGUUGAAUCAAAAGUCCAUGGACUCAUAUCACCAUCAUCCAGCCCACAGUAUAAUAAAUCACUUGAAACUGGAGCACAGGAACAAUUUCUUAAACAUGAUAGAAAUUAUGAAGUAGAAUUUGUACAAAACGAUUAUGGUGAUAAAAGAAAUAAGAACCCAACAAAUACUGGCAAGAAGCAUACAAUUCUGUGGAAACAUAUCAGUUAUACUAAUAGACCAAGCACAACAUACUAUUCGAUUGAUAAUUCCUUAGAAUGUGCUGAAGAACCAUCAUGCGUUACAGAUAACUUGAAAGAUUUAAAUUAUGAUGACCAAGUCAGUAAGAGCAGAAAACACGUUCCAGUCGACCUACACAAGAAACAGUGUCGCAUUUUUAAAAACCCGCCUCCUAACAAUGUUAACGAUAAUAUUGAUUCCGACUUAAACGAUGAUAAUUGGGAGGUAAUACAGGCCAAAUUAUUGAUGGAACAGCAUUCUUCAGAAGUAUUUUCAGGAAACAGUACAGACGUACAGUUAUCUGAAGAAUGUUCAGAACCACUUCGCAGAAGUUCAAAUCAUUGUCUAUUAAGUCAAACUUGUAGAUCUCAUCCAAAUUCACUAACACCAGAAAAAACAAGUCUUCUGCAGAAAGAUAUGAUUGAAUUUUGA